AUGCAGUUGCUAUAUCAAACUUAUCAUGAUAUCAGAUUCAAUGUUGAUCACUUUAUUGUUGGCUAUCGACAACGCUAUUAUAGUCUUAACAAAAAUCCCCGAGUCAUUCAAACAAAAUUACACAACCAACAAUUAAUUUCAUUGAGAACAUUCCCCCGAGACAAAUAUAUAGUUGAACCAACUGGGUUUCUAAGCUUAGGAAAUGAAAAUGCCAAUGAUUCUGGAAACGAUGAGAUAGAAGAGACAGCAUCAUUUACUGUUUAUGACAUAGAUGAAUUAAUUUCUUUUGAUGAGAGUUGUGUGUCCAUUCCAAUACCUGAUUACGAAAACAACAAUUCCUCCAGAGAAAUACAGGGACCAGACUGCUUAAAGGGAGAUAGAUUAAUUAGUUUGGGAAACUUUCCAGAAGAACAAGAAUUUCAAGAAGAGGAACUAGUUGAAGAAGAAGGGUGCCAUUUGCCUGCAAUUUAUCCGGUGCAAGAUCCCCCUUGCAGCUGUUCAUGUCACAAAAUUAGUGUAGUACCAAUCCCAAAAGAAGAUAAUUCAAGGAAGAUUAGAGUUAAAGACAGAUUUAUCAAAUUUGUCAGGUCCAACAUCAAUAAAGUAGCCAGCAAAGAGAGUGAUUCGGGAUCAAAUGAACAAGAACCCUCAAUCGAAAUUGUCCUUGAUGAAGCUGAAAGUUUAGAUAGGGAUCAAGAAGUACCGGCUAAUAAGAUUUCUCAAAUUGUUUCCAAUUUUUCAUUUUUGACAAGUAGAGGAGAUAGCACUAUUGGUGUACAAGACGAAGAAAUUGAAGAAAACGACAGAGAAGAGGAACAAGAAGAAGUCAAAACGGAGAAGGUAUGGAAACUAGUGCUCAAUGAUGUUUCCUUAUCAGCAGCCAGGCUUUCAACUGGCAAUGCGGCUCAUUCAAUUGUUUCGUCCCAUAAUAUUCGUGGUGAUUUUAUUGAUGCAAAAUCAUCCUGCUCACCAAUCCUUCCUAGAAUUGCCAAUAAUGAAAAUGAUGAUAUCUUUGCAAUUAAUUUAGAACAUGCAAAACUGAAAUAUGCAAAAGAUACUUCUAAGAUCAAUAGUGCUAUGAAGAUGAAUUGGAAUUAUUCAAGAAGAUAA